CAGGAGGUCGGCCUGUACAGAGUGGUAGUGUUCCAUAGAGGUAGCAGGGUUCUGUCUGCUCUCCGCUCAAGGAGGUUCCAGGAUAUACAAUACGUUACCGUGAGAUCUCAAAGGAUAUUUCUGAUGCAAUUCAAGUGACUCACCAAUAAAAUUACAAAGAGUAUAAUGGCUGCUCCUUCAAUGGUAAGCCGUGAUGGUGAAAAUGUACUUGUGAAAAGUGUUGAUGCUGUAUUUGGGGCCAGUGAUGAUGGUGAAGAGAGGGAUGAUUCUAGUCAAGAAGGUGCCAGUGGUACAGAAGAGCCAUCAGAACUUCCUCAGUGCAAAAUCAAACGGAAUUAUUCUUGCGCUUCUUGUGAUUACUACACUCAAAAUCCACGUUUCUAUCUUUACCAUCAAAAGCAAGUGCAUAAAGAAAAAAUUAAGAUAUUUGAAUGUCCGCAUUGCCUUUACGCUUCAAAGCAUAGCCAAAAACUCCAGAGACAUAUUCACAUGGUUCAUAUAAUCAAGAAAAAGUCAGCAAAGAACAGGAUAGUUAAACCAAGAGCUGAGAAAGUCCGUCGUAAGUCUCAGUCUCCUCAAAUUAAAUGUGAUCCUGAGGAUAAUGAUGGAGAAGGUGAAGAAAAAUCAGAACCAAUGUUUGCUGCUGAUGGAACUCAAAUAUAUAAAUGUUCCGUGUGUGAUAUGACAAGUAAGAGCCAGACAUUAGUUGCUAGACAUGAACGUGUAGUCCAUUUAAAAAAAAAGUUUUUUCGUUGUGGAAAGUGCAAUUAUAUGACCCAUAUGAAAGCGAGGUAUACAAAGCAUGUGAAGUAUCAUUCGAUGCCUAUGAUUAAAUGUGAUAUGUGUGAUUUCAAAACUCCUUAUAAAUGGAAUUUGGACCGACAUAAUAAAAAUCAUCAAGGUGAUGGAGCAUUCAAAUGUGUUAUGUGCAACUUUGCUGCUGACAUUAAACAGAGUCUCACUGUUCACGAAAUGAAUCAUCAUGUUCCACCUGUUGGCCAUGUAGCUGGCAAUCGAAGGAGACUACGGGUUGGAGCAUCUGAUACUAUGGGUAUGAUUACUGAAGAGGAUGGUAUUGACCAAGAAGAACUAGACCUAUUGAAGCUUGAGAGAGAAGGAUCCUUAGAUCAAAUAGAACAGAACCCAGGUGACUUCCUUCAAACCCAGCUGGAUGAAGUAUCUCCCCCUCCUCCGCCUCAACCAAUGAUGAAAUUUAGUAUGAGGCAAGUUCUUGUACCAGUGGGUAGAAUGUUGAUUGACAAAACUCAGAAUAAUAACAAAGGUCUCAUUCAGAUUCAAAAGUACAAGUGCAAAACCUGCGACUUCUCAGGUAAUUUAGGAGAAGUACAGAGGCAUGAGGCCGCAGUUCAUGGUUUAAAUGAUUUUCCAUCGAGCCUCGCGCCUGCAAAGAAAGCAGCCCGCCCUAUCCCAAAUCUUAUACCUAUUCAGGGGCAAUCACUUCUCAAACCGGCUUCAGAGAGAAAAGGAAAUGAUGCGAAUGAGAUGAACAGUUCUCUAAAAGACUUUGCCUCGAUAAUGAAUGAAGGGAAACAACACGAAAUGUCUGGAGGUUCUUUAAAUGGAUCCGAAAAAUCUGAUUCCCCAACCCCUUUUGAUGAUAAAAGGCAUAAUGAAUCAUUCAAAAGGAAAAAUGCAUCCUUUUUUGACAAACUUAAAGAAAAAUUGAUGACCAAUGCAUCGGAAAGAGAUCUCACCUGCCCUGCUUGCGGUUUUGAAGCAAAAUGUCUUUCUGAACACCUGAAGCAUCAGAAAUCUCAUCAUAACGAUGGUGAAGAAGAAACCAAUGGAAAUUUCUUUCAGACUGAACUAUCUUCAACAAGAUGCCAAUAUUGUCGUCAUCGAUGUAAGACGUCAGCGGACUUGAAGAUUCAUCUGCAAACAUGUUCAGCUGUUCCAAAUAACUUAGAAGGUCCUCAUAUUAAAACUGAACCUGAAGAUCUUGAUGAUUCUGAAAUGAAAGGCCUUCAUGAUGAAGACCAUGAAGAUGGCAUGACCCAUCCUAUGGAAAAUAAAGUAUUUGUCUGGAACAACUUUAGUCCUAAUAGUGGUGAGGUUAAGGCCCCUGCGCCAUUUGAAUUAAAUUUCCAUCAGAGGCAUGAGGAGAGGUUAGCUAUAGAAGCAAAUCAGCUGUACGCUUCUAACACCAAUGGCCGUUAUGAAGAACAACCAUAUUAUCAGAGGGAAACUACAAGGAAGGUAUUCAAAUGUCCUAGUUGCUCAUUUUGGGCUUCAACAGCAUCAAGAUUUCAUGUGCAUAUCGUGGGCCAUUUGAAUAAGAGGCCUUUUCAAUGUUCCCUCUGCCAUUACAGCUCCAACUGGAGGUGGGACAUAACGAAACAUAUACGCUUAAAACAGAUGCGAGAUUCAGCUCAUGAAAAAGCCAGGGUAUUGCUGACUGACGAAGCAGGUCGCCGGAAUUAUUCCAAGUAUAACAAAUAUCUAGUUCCGAUAUCGAACGAAGAGUUUAAGAAAGCACAACAGCCUAGACGAAUAUUACCUAAGGACAAUAUGGACCCUAUCGAGCCUAAAAGAAACUCCAAUAAAAGAUCAAUGGAGGAACAAAACGAUGAAGAAAGAAUACCAAAGAAGAAAGUUUUCACUGAGAAUAAGAAGACUAUGUGGAAAUGCAAAAAAUGCUUUUUCAGGAAUAGUGAUCGAGGGGUUGUUCUUGCUCAUGUUAAGGAACAUUAUCGGAACAUCCAUGAAAACAAAACGCCCACUAAACAGGAUGAAUUUCACGGCUUUUCUAAUGAAUUGUCGAGUCCCAAUGCCAACAAUAAAGAAGAAAGCGAGGAUGAUGCUAGCCGUCAGCCUAGCUUGUAUGAAAACGAAGAGAACGUUGAUUGUCCUGAUUUCAUGUGUGAAACAUGUCCUUAUUUCUGUGAUUCUUUGGCCAAAUUAGAGGACCACGCUGAAAGGCAUUUUGUUAUUCAGGGUAGUACUGUGAAAUGCCAGUUUUGUCCUUACUAUGUGGAAAAUACACAGCAAUUAAUGGAACAUCUGGAUUUACAUGAAAAUUUAGACACAACUGAUGAUUCGUCAAAGAACGUAGUGUUCGCUUGUCUUCAGUGUCCGUAUGUAGGCACCACCCACAGGCAGUUAGUCUACCACAGGCAGUGGCACUUCAAGAAUUUACCUCAUAAAUGCUUCAAAUGCAAUUACAGUACACAUACAAAUAUUAUUCUUUCUUUGCAUGUCAGAUUGCAUCGAAGGACCACCUUGCCGGAAGGUGAUUCUGUCAGUACUAAAAAUUCUGAAACUGUGAUAGCUGCAGACAUUAGUGGCAUUGAUACGUCUGGAUUUCCUGACAUACCAAUGGUUUGGGUUUCCAAACCUAUGGGAAUUUCCAAAAUGUUCAAGUGCAGAUUUUGUCCGCAUGUAAAUAUGAGAAAAUCGAAUAUUCAAGAACAUGAGAAGAUGCAUGCAUCAAGAAACCAAUCCAAUUCUAACGCUGGCCAAGGGAGCAAUGGAAUAUCUAUCCAACAUCAUUGCCCUGAUUGCAAUUACAUUUGUAACAAUGCUGGUGUUCUUUCUUCUCACAUGAAAGUUCAUCAGGCUUUCUUUGGCCAAGUUUGUGGUGUUGUCGAUCACAAAAAAUCUGAUGAAGAACAGAUCGAAGAAAUGAAAAUGAAAGUUAGUGAUUAUGAAGCAAGUUUGAAACAGAAAAUUGGAGGAGAAGAACCUUCCAAGGAGUCUCAGGCGGAUGAAUCUGUUGCUAGUAGCGACAAUGAAUCAAAGGAUGGCCUCGUGUUACAUUUCUGCCCAAUAUGUCCUGCUAGGUUCUUAUUUGUAAAAGAAGUUGUAAUUCAUUUGAGAUUCCAUGACCUCAACUUGCCUUUUAAAUGUGAAUCUUGUAGCUAUACUGCCAGGCAAAAGCAGCACCUCUUGGCUCAUCUCAAGGUGCAUAGUGACGAGUACCAAGAGCGCACAACCGUGCUUUGCAGUAUGUAUUCUAUGGACAGAAGUUAUCCUAAACCUAAAGUUGCUGUUGUCCUUGGAGAUCCUGCGGAAUCAGUAUGGAAUUGGAAAUCGGAAUCAAUAUGGGUGGUUGUCAAAAAUGAAGAAGAGGACAACAAAAAAAAAGACUCCGAUGAAUGUAAAUCAAAACCACUUUCUUGUGACAAGUGUCCUGCAGAAUUCUACAAACAGUUAGCUUUAGAUUAUCAUAAAAGCCUCCACGGAGGCCCGGGUCAGCACAAGUGUAGGUACUGUGACUACGCCGUGAAGACGUACGGAAACCUAAUGAGGCAUGAGGCUGUUCAUGCCAACGGUGAAUGUGUCAAGUUGAAUCAAAAGUCAGGGGAAGUUUCUUCAUCAGAUUCUGAACCUUCCAAACAAAGAACGGAAGUAACGAAAGGCUCUCCAUUGAAGCCUAUACCUGCACCAACUCAGGAAGAUCCGGAAUUUGGCUCACUAAUAUUUGGAAACCCAGAUUUUACUUAUCCGGCAUAUUUAAAAAAUGGACGAUUACGAGAAAAACGUUACAAGUGUCAUAAAUGUCCAUCUGCAUUCGAAAAAAGAGAACAGUAUAAGAUUCAUCUUUCUCUCCAUGGAUCUCAACAGCGGUACAACUGUGAGAAAUGUGAUUAUUCUGUUAAAUAUUUCGCUAAUUAUAGUCAGCAUUUGAAAAAGCAUAGUCUUAGUGAAAGCUUAAAGAAAGAAAAAAGUAUCGCAGGAGGUGAUCCAGUCGUCGAGGAUCGAGAGAUAGAUGAAACUAAUGAAAUCUCUUCCACAGAAAGAUGUGGGAAAAGCUUGAAAAUGUCUGUAGCUGAUCAGCAGACAAUGAUGUUACUGCAAAAUAGAAAUAUUACCAACACAGUUACCAGAGAUAACAUUAAUGGUGAUGUUAUUAGUCGUUGCCCCCACUGUCCUUACGCCAAUAACAGGAAGGAUGGUGUUAAUAGUCAUAUUAAAUGUCAUUCGAAUAAUAAGCAUGGUCCGUAUGUAUGCAAAUUCUGUGAUUAUAAUGUUCCCCAAUUGCAUUUCCUAAGGGAGCAUUUGAAAAUACAUUUUUCGACCAUUAAGUUUGUUAAACCUGAUGCUUACAUGAAAUGUGAACGCUUAGAGCUCUGGUCUGAACCUUUAGAUUCUAACCAUAAUACUGAUAAGAGGUUAAUUUUCAGAGAUCAGGGUCUGGAUAAAAAAGAUAGAUUUGUACCACUAAUCGAGUACCCUGAUGAUUUUGAAAGUAUAAAAGGUCGUGUGUACAUAAACCUUAAAACAGGUGAAGAGGAAGUGGAGUUAGAUGAUGAAGAAGAAGGAAUCGGUGAAGAAGAGGAAGAAUAUGAAGAAAUGGAAACUGGUGACGUUGCUAAUACGGAAGAAAGAAUGGAAAUAGAAGAAAAUGUGCCAUCGCUUACCCAGGAACCGACUAGUGUGGUUGAAAAUGGUGGCAGCCCGGUAUCAUCGAGUACUAGUGAUACGAGUGAGGACAACAGCUGUGAUUCAAGUUCUAGUGGAAGCACUGAGAGUUCAGAAAGAACUAGUGUUACUAACGUUUCACAAGACUGAUGGAUUAUAUUUACCUAUUCAUUUAAAUUUCUGUAUAUACAAUCUUUCUUGUUAAUUGCCCUAUAGAUUUUCUAUUUUGAUUAACUACUAAUUGACUAAGUGAGAAUAAAUUAAGUUUGGAAAAUCAUUCUUUCUUGUUAAGUUUAUUAUUAUGUUACCAUUAAUAUAAUUAACCAGAUUUUUAAAAAAAUGAAUUUUGGGAUAUUUAUAAAAUUGAAUAAGUAUUUUGUGGUAUGUGUACAUAUAUUUUUUUUUCCUUUUUUUUUGUUCAUCACAUUCCUAACAAUAUUGUGGUGAAUGCUUGGAACUGUAAAUAUUUGUAUACUUUAUUUUAUUGUUAGACUGAAUUAUUUUGUUGUAAAUAUAAUGUUAUUAAAUAAAA